AUGGCAAGGAACAUACUGGACGAGAUCGCAUCUGAAUCCGACCCGUCGCAGGACGAAGAGGGUUCGCUGCUCGCCGUGGACGGCGAUGCGUUCCGGCUGGACCAAGCAGCGCCGGCGGAGCCCGCGGCGCGGGAGUUGUUUCUCCGCGACGACAGUGAGAGCCCACUGCGACGGCCGCACGGAGGGUCCGGCAGCUCGGAAGGCGGCAGCUCAGACGCGGAGGGCGAGGCGCCAGAGACGCAGAGGCGGCCUGAGGGUCGCAAACGCGUCAAGUUCAGCGCGGCCGAGCGGGGCGUGGCAGACUUCAACCCGUGGGAUAUCCGGCGAGCGGUGCGGCGGGCCUUCCGCGACAAGCUGCCCGAGAACUACAGCAUAAAAACAUGGCGGCGGCCGCCCCGCGCGCUGCUGCGCUCGCUCGCGGACUUGCUCAGUGCCAAUGCAGACAACGCUGUCGAGGGCGCACUGUCCGCGUACCACCGCGAGCUGACGCGGACCCUGGGCCCCAACGAGCUGGCCGCCUUCCGUCACGACCGCGAACAGCUCAUCCGCAGCAUUCUUCACAAGCUGCGAACGCGCCUCAAGCGGACCCACUUUCCUGCGCGCGUCUCGGAGCACGUGCUAGACAUCGAGGAUAUCUACGCCCGCAGGACCUUCAUACAGCAGCGCCACAUCGCGGAGCUGAAUGCUGCAGAGGACCUCGAGAGACAGCUGCUUGCAGAGCAGCAGGCCCUGGCGGCUCGCACAGCAGAGCGCUCCGAUGCCUCUGCAAAGGUGCUUCUUGACCGCCUAACGGCGAACUUGCAUCCCGCGCUGAACAAGGCUGUGUCCAACGCUUAUGGCCUCAUCAAAGAUGCCGAAAACACACGCGAGACAUACUUAGCAGACUGCGAUGACCUCAAUCUCCAUCUCAGCGACACCGAGUGA